AUGGAUUCUUGCUGUCGAAAGCACACCCAUGAACGUGCAAGUGAUCAGCGUUUGACCCAAGAUAUUGGUACUGCUUGCGGCCUCAUUUCUGACAUUUUACCUCUGUUCAUAAUCAACCCAAUAUUAGUGAUGUUCUACACGUAUAAGUGUGUCGAUAAAGCCGGAUGGUUAGGUCCGAUUUCGGCUUACAUAAUGUUUGUUGUUUAUGCGGUUAUCGCUCAUUUUGUCACAGCUUGGACCUCAAAAGCGAUUUACGAGCAUGAUCGACAGGAGGGUAACUUCCGCUUCUAUCAUACACAAGUACGAACAUUUUCUGAGGGUGCUGCCCUGAUGGAUGUUGGUCGCGCGGAACACUACUUUGCCGAUACUGCACUUUGGCGUAUGCUACACGCCCUACGUGUCAGUGUGAAUCGUAUACCAGUUAUUUUCUGUAAGUCCUGGUGA